AUGCAAACUGCAAAAAUUGAUGCGUCAGAUCUGAAUGGAUCGAGAGUUAAAACAAUCAGAAUUCUCAUGGAUUCUGGGUCUCAAAGAACGUAUGUUACGGAGGAAUUAGCUUCAAGAUUGAAUUUGAAGAAGAAAAGAACAGAGGAAACAUCACUUGUCACCUUUGGAUCCACGAAACCGAAAAUAGUAAAAACUCCAAAUGUAUCUUUAAGAAUUAAAUUGAAGGAUGGACACUACUUAAGAAUUGAAGCAAAUGUUGUGCCUCAAAUAACCGGACCAAUACACAGAAGACCGUUACCACCUAACAUCAUUGAAAAGAAAAAAAUGAAGUUGACCAUGGACUUUACUUGCUCUCAUCAAAAGUGGAUUCUCACUGCACGAACACAAGCUAACUUUGAGGUAUCCAGAGAUAAUUUACACCAAAUGCUGAUUGUAAAUGGAAACAAUCUAACAACGAAAUAUUGUCUUCAUUCCUCUGUCGAUGAAUGUUUGCCCUUGAAGCCAUCACUAGACGAGUACUGGAACUUGGAAACUAUUGGAAUCAAAGAUCAGCCCCACUCAUCAGAUGAUGACAAGGCUUUAAAAAACUUUAACGAAACAAUAAAACUAGUCAAUGGUAGAUAUCAAGUCACUUGGCCCUGGAAGGAUGAGCAACCUGAACUCCCAGAGAACAGAGAACUUGCCUUUGGAAGGCUGAAAUCUCUACUUCAAAAACUAAAAAAGAACCCUGAGCUGCUUCAGCAAUAUGAUGGAAUAAUUCAGGGCCAGUGCAAGCAAGGCAUAAUUGAAAAGGUGACAAAGAGCAGUGAAGUGAAGAAUAGUGUCAAACACAACAUACCCCAUCAUGCUGUUAUUGAUCCAACAAAGCCUACCACAAAAGUUCGCAUCGUCUAUGAUGCAUCGGCAAAGGUCAAACCAGAGUGUAACAGCCUUAACGAGUGUCUUUACAGAGGACCAGUGAUGCUAAAUGAUUUGUGUGGACUGUUGUUGAGAUUUAGAAUGAAAAGGAUUGCAAUUAUUGCUGACAUAGAAAACGCAUUUCUACAGAUUGAAUUACAAGGAAAGGACAGAGAUGUGACAAGAUUCUUCUGGUUAAAGGAUAUUGAGACUCCAUCCACAGAAAACAAUAUUCAAGUUUAUAGAUUUACGAGAGUCCCAUUUGGAGUUAUAUCAAGCCCUUUCCUAUUGGCCGCAACUUAA